AUGCUCUUCAAGUCCAUCUUCGCCUCUGCCGUGCUGUUCGCAGCUUCCUCUAUCGCCCUCCCCACCGACCUCGAAGCCCGCCAACAAGCAACCACCUGUGGCAGCACCUCAUACAGCGCCUCUCAAGUCCGUUCUGCCGUCAACGCUGGCUAUGGCGAUUACCAAGCCGGCCGCACCUACGGUAGCAAUGACUACCCCCACAAAUACAACAACUACGAAGGCUUCGACUUCCCCGUUUCUGGUCCUUAUGAGGAGUUCCCCUUGAAGACCAGCGGUGUCUUUACCGGUGGCUCUCCCGGUGCUGACAGAGUCAUCUUCAACACCAAAGGCCAAUGGGCUGGCACUGUUACCCACACCGGAGCUUCCGGAAACGACUUUGUUGGUUGCACUGGCACCAGCUAG